GGUGAGCUCUUUGGUUUUACUGAUUAUUAAUAAUAAGUUAAUGGUUGUUUGAACAGUUCUCCCCACGGUUUCUGUUGAAAGUCAGUGGAAUCUGUAAAAAGAUGGAAUUUGCUGACAGAUCAAUACAACACAAGUGAUGUAUUACUUUGUGUGCCAUUGCAGACGAAUCGGCUCCUUUCUCCUUGGGUUGCCUUUGCCAGACUGGUGUUAACUUCUCGUCUGGGAUACUUUUCCCGCUGUUCUUCACUUUUAUAUUACCUGUAUCUGGAUGGGUGGAGCAACACCUUGGCUGGUGGUAGCAGAGGAAAAGAAAGAAAGAAAAGAGGGUGAGAUGAAUUAUGAUGAUUUCACAUUCUUCAGUCACUGAGUGUUUGUUUAAACCAGAAACUGGAGUACUGCCUUGGUUAAAUGUUGAUCAUUUUUACACAAAUACUGUCAAUCAGUACGGUUGCAUAACUACACCGAUCAGCCACAACAUUAACCCGUUCCGAUCCCCCGUCCGUUCCAAUGGACAUAACUUUUCUAAGAUGUCUAGAGAUCUAAGAUUACUGUCAUCUGACUCCACCCAAAUGCACAGGCUUAUCUGAUGUCUAUGAGCCAAUCACAGUGUUCCACAUCUAAAAUGGACUGUAGUAGAGCCACGUCCCCUUCUUUAACAAGCAUGGCUGACUGAGGCAAAGAGGAGGCGCAAGGAUACAUUUCAGUCUAUCAUAUUGUUAAACUACAUAAUUUGUGGUUAAACUGUGUUUAAAGUAACAUGAGAUGAAAUAUUACUUAAAAAUGUCAAAAUGCUUUUACUCAACAUCUUACUGAUUAAGCCUCCAGAAUAUUAAUCUCAGGAGAUUUUCAACAUCCUGUUUUCUGGAGGUACUUUGAGAAACUGAGUAUAUUUUGAGUUAUGAUGACAAAUACAACACAAAUAUAUACGUAAUUUUUUUUUUGAUCCUAAUAUUCAUGUGGAUGCCACUUGCCAUGCACCAAACACCACUGCAGACCAAAUACACCCCCUCAUGGCAACAGCUCCUAAUGGCAGUGGCCCUCCCAGCAAAACAGUGCACUAUGCCACACUGCUAAAACUGCUCAGGAAUGGCCUGAGAAAGUGACAAAGAGCAAAGGACAUUGACCUGGCCUUCACAUUCCUCAGAUCCCAGUCUGAUUGAGUAUCUGUGGGACAUGCCGGUACCCAAGAGCCAAAGCCAUUGAUAGUAGGGCCUCCUUGGAUCAGCCUUGGCUCUGAGCUGUUUAGGCAGAGGGAGUUGCUUCCAUCAGGGAGUGCUUUUGCCAUUAGGGGGUGUACUUGGUCUGCAAUGGUGUUUGGGUAGGUUGUACAUGUCAAGUGGUAUUCACAUGAAAACAAAGAUGUAACAAGAUGAUAACCUGUUUUAAUGUUGUGGCUGAUCCUAUGUGAGAAAGAUAAAUAACUGGUUCUCUGCAUGUGAGAAGUAUUGAUACUUAGCCCCUCACAACAAAGCAAAGUGUCGUUCCUCCUGAUAAUAUUGUGAAACUGUUCCACUAUUGCUUCAGCAGGAACGUCAUAUACAAACAGAAACACACAAUUUAUACUGCUGCCUCUGUGGAAAAGCAACGUCUCAAGCAGCUUCACAUUCCCUAACGCACACUCUUCUGUAAUGAAUAACUACCUAAUAAAGCCUGUGAAACGAGACACUAUAAAUCAACCCUGUAUAUGUGUAUGACUUUAAGGACCGCUUGAGCUUUUCCCACAUGUGUUUUUUUAUUUAUUUGCAUGAAACAUUUAAAGCAUGCAUCUACUUUAAAGGCUGGAUGAGUGGGUGCAGCAGGCAAUCAACCAAUUCAAGAAGUAUGGAAUAUGUUCUGAAAUAUAGAUCAACAAAUCCUUAGACACAAAAACAUUAAUCAUAAGAAAAGUAGCAGCAGCGCCCCGCAGAAAACCCUGAUGUUUUUAUACCACUGUAUGUGAUUUCUCCGCUCUGUAAGCCAUUUAUUUUGUCUUAGUAGCUGCUCUCUGCUUCCUCAACGAUGGCCGGGGGAAUGGAGGAAAAAAGAAGUGAAGACUGCUGUUUCAGGUGUAUGGGGAUAUAGGUGUGUGUGUAUCUGUGUGUGUGUGUGUCAUGCAGCUGAGACAAGAAAACUAGGCGCGGGGAUAUUUGGAUGAUAAAGUUAUUGUGCUUGUCAGCACUAACUGCCUCCCUAAUACGCCAAUUGUGCACAUCCUGUCAGAGCUUCCGCUUAAAUGAUACGACUUUUCCGAGGUGAAACCCAAGUGUCUCGUUCUCAAAAGUUUUUGCAACACCGACUGUGUAAUUAUAUCUGAUUUACUGCUCUCUUUUCGCUCUCUGCAGCUUUUUGCACGCUCACACACAGCAAAGGAAAAAUGUGAAACUAUUGUCUGUGCAUUGGCAUGAACUGAGCAAAACAUUAAACUAUUUGUAAUGUGUUUAAACCAUCCUAACUCCGAUUGUUAGUCUGCGGUUUCCUGAAUGAGGUGAUUCAUCCAGCAACCCAUAUCCUGCCAGGGAGCAGUUACACGCUGAGAUUGCAUCUGAAAAUGCAAGCAUGUCAUGGAAAAAGGACAUGCUGGCUACAAAAAGACCAGGAAGACUUGUGUCCUCACAGUUUAACCACACACACACCUGACUUGUAUUGGCCUGAAGACCCUCCCUGUCCAUCUCUUGAUCUGUAAUGGAGUCUGCUAUUGGUGUGCUGGUGGCCCAGUUCAAGGCGCAUGCUGGUAGCGAUGGUUCCUCUGACACACUGAGCAGAGAUGAAUUCCACAGACUGGUCAAAUCAGAGCUCCCCAGCUUUGUCAAGAAUGCUGCCGACCCCACUGCCAUUGACCAGCUCAUGAGCUCAUUGGACAAUAACAAUGAUGGAGAGCUCAACUUCCUGGAGUUCUGGCAGCUGAUUGGGCAUCUCGCAAGCAAGCAUGGGGGGUUCAGCCAAUAGGGAGCCCUCAGAUACUCUGUUACAGUUUCACGUCUGUCACUGGCUUGUCUGUGUGCCAUGUAGUUUGAGAAAAUGGGAAAACAGCCAAAUGGAAAACACCCUAAAGUCUGUUUCAAGUGCACAACGCUGUUUUUGCCAGUCUCUCUGUAUUUCUUCUCACCCUGUCCUCUCACCUGCAGCUGCCAAACUGGCACAGACUCUGUCAGAGAAUACUAUUGAACAGCAAUAUUAGAACCAGUCCUUGCUGUUUCCCAGAACACACACACACUCGCAGCUGCUUGUGCUUACAGGUCUUCAAGGGAGUUGCAGAAUGGGAAUGCAUUGUGUGAAAACAGAGAGAGUGUGUGUAAGCAUUAUGUAUUCUUGGCUUGUGUAAUACUUGGGAAAAGCAUCUUGUGAUGUCUGUCAUCUUCCUCCCGGGCACAAACAGAAGCUGCAGUAUUGGCAAAGCAGGAUUUUAAUGUGAAAAGCU